GGAUAGGGUUAAUCUUCACAAGGAGCUGGGACAGGACACAACCCCAAAGGCACAUUCCAUACCAUGUGACACCCUGCCCACUAUAUAGCUGGGGAGCUGGAGGGAAAAGGGGCAGAAAUCACCUCUUGGAAGUGGGCUGAGCUUUGGCAACCGGUCAGUAGCUGAGGAAAAGAUGUGGGGAGCUGGUGUGUGGAAGGAAGGUCUAGGGGAAGACUGAUCAGUGAUGGAUCCAGCAGUGGGAGCAAAGACCAGUAAGGAGCUCCUGCUCUUCCAGUGGAUGCUGCACAUCUGUCUGAAGAGACCCACUGACAAGAUUGUUGAACAUUUUUGGUUUUGGCUGAAGAAAAAGAAAUCAAGAAAAGAUGGAUUGGAAUGCAAAACCACCUCAGAAUGCUGAUGCGAAAAACAACCUGCAAAGUGAAGAAGCGCGUUACAGCCAGCUGUUCUCUAACGGACAUACUUUUCCUCAGACAAAUGCCUAUCCCUCUAAAAACACAUGCACUUAUUCUGGAAAUAACCAGAUGGCGUAUCUGCCAGCCAGCAAUGUUGCCUUCCCUCUUGGAAAUGUUGAAGGAUUCAAAACUUCAGAUCAAGCCUUACCAGGAGCAUCUGUAGCUGGUAAUGAUUUUUUUGUCUCGAAAUACUCGGUUGAUAGACAUCCAUCUUAUGUACCAAUAGCUUCAAAGCCUCCCAAUCAGACAUCGCAUUUGCGGACGGAGAUCGCUCAGACUUCUUGGCCAAUCUCUAAUGCCUACACUUAUUCCCAUAGAAAGUUACCUCCCCCAUCUUCUCAAAUGAACGCUGGCAAUAAUGUGAGGAAUGCACUUCUGGAGCCUCACUUUGUCACCACAAACAGUUACGCUGUGCAGCCACAAAUACCGCAGCAUAAUUCUGCAAGAACUACGACGUUAUAUCCAAGUAACGUUAAUUCUCAGAACAAUUCUGUGCCUCUUGGUACAUCCGGGCAACAUGUCCAACCCCACAUUUAUCAUCCCAACCCUCAGUUUAAAAUUUCACACUCACUGGAUCACAAUAGUCCAGCAAAUCUACAGCUGCUACAUUAUCGACCAGGUCAGGUGGGAUCAGAAGCUCCUAGCGGAUAUUCUGCACCGUCUUUGUUGCCUGCCAACAGUGAUCCAAGAGCUGCAGCACAAUCUUCAAUAGGUGUACCACAGGCAGUUCAGAAUGUGCCUAAUGGGUACACCCUUGGCCAACAGAGGCACCCAUCAGAUCCAAAAAGCGCUUCUGGUUCUAACAGUGUUCAGCAACACUGUCAGAAACAGCAAUCUGGAGAAGUCAGUCAAUCAGUUAGGAGUGCCUGUAAUUCAAGUGGCAAUGUUACAGCAAAUCAGCCUUUUAAUGGAAUGCCUGUGCCAUCCUCUCGUAUUUGCAAAGAACUGUAUGAUAUUGUGCAAGAAAUGGAAACUCUAUCUUCGAUGGGUGCUUCAAAGCCACUGAGUGAUCCUGCUUCAGUUCAAGAAAGCCAGACCAGUAGUUUAGUGAGUGGACCUGGUAACGCUCAAAUUUCUUCAGCAGCAGCAGAUGGAGAAGCAAUUACAAAGGACUCGCUAGCUUGGGAAGCUCAAAGGCUGCUCAGUAUUAAAAGAAAAUGUGUCCUGCUUGAAAGGAUGCAUCGUUAUAAAAGAAAACUCUUUGCAGCUUCAGGACUUAACAAAAGUUCUCGAACACUUCCUCCAGCUUAUCAAAGUACUAUUGGUAAUUGUGUUCCAUGGGUGCCCAACCAAAAUGUACCAUCUUCGCCAUCUGAAGCGACCAGGAGAGAGAGUCAAAUACUUAACUCUUCACCUGAAGAAAGAAAUGACAAAAACAUAACCGCUGCUGAUAACAGAGGAUUAGAGGUCACUCAAAGUAACCCUCAGGUGGAGCAGGGAAGCCCUUCAUCAAGCUCUGCACCUGUUCCCUCUCAGAGCAAACUCCCAGCUCAACUAAAUAAUCCUGUGAGUGCUCCCAUCUCAGAACAAAGCAAUGCCUUGGCCUCUUCUCAAAAACCCGGGACAUCCUUGAACAAUGCUUCGUGUUUUAAUCAAGUGGAUAGCUCUAUUAAAACUGCACCAAAGAAUGUGCCGGCCAACCCCAAGCCCUCAUCGUUUCUUCAGUUUGUAUUGAGCAGCACAAAUGUAUUGAAAGAGAAGACAGCUGGUGCUACUGCUGAUAAAAUAUUAACUAGUCUCCUGUGUAGUGAAAAACCGCUGGCAGAUAUAUCUGUCUUGGAUGGAAGCUUGCUAAAAGACACUAAGAAGAAGGUAGAAAGUUCAAAAGGUGAGCAAGCAUUUACGGUUCACACAAACUCUCACGUAUCAGAAACAACCAAAUCUGGUGAAGCUAAAUUUCAGAGUGAUGUAGCUCAGAAGAAAACACCGUUUGCUGAAAAUACAUCUCUUAAACAGAGUAAUUAUAGUUACUCUGCAGAAGAGCUAACGGCAUGCCUGGACUUGUGGAGAAAGCAUCCGUCAGAAUCUGUAAGUGUGCAAAAUAGCCAGUCAAAUGAAAGCUCCACAGCAAAUCAGAUUUCAUCUUACAGCCAAACCACAAAAAAUAGAGAACAAAAUAAUGUUCAGGGUAGUACAGAUGAAGCACUUUUGCCUGUAACAACUACUUCUGUAGGACAAAAACUUGAUACAUUGAAUUGUAAUUCGGUAAAAAGUUUUGAACUCCAAGUUGCAGUUGUCUCUCCUUUAGUACUUUCUGACCAGAAAACACAGAGCGAGCAAGUAGACAAAUGUCCAACAUCUGCAGAUAAAACCUACCCAGUGAUUGACUCAAGAAGCACAUGUAGCUUGCAAGAAGAGGGCAAAAAUAGUUUAAUUAUGAUAAAUACCAAUAAAGGAACAAUAGAAACUGUUCGAUUGUCACCCAGUGAUUGUGUUCUGGUACAGAAUGUGGACUCACAAUUGCAACAGACCAAAUUAGCUGAUGGAAAUGUAAAAAACAGCAUCAGUGCAAAUGGUUCAUCUGAUGAAAACCAAAGGAAAGUUAGUCAAUCAGCACAAGAUGCCAGAGAAAAUCUGCAGCUUGGAUUACAAAACAAGACUUCCCUUCCUGAAUCGGACAUAAAAUUUUCUAGUCAAAUCUUUCAAGAAGGUGUAAGAGACCAUAAUGACAAGCAAGGUGUGUUAGAGACAGGAGAUACUUCCACAGCCAUGUUGGAAGAACAGAUGUUUUGUAUAUCUAGUGUAUGUUCUCUUGUUGAAGGUGAUACAUCUUAUAAUCCACAAAUAGCAAGUAUCUUCAGGUCAGUCCCUGAGGCUCAGGUAUUAAAUGGCACCUCAUCAAAAGGAAGUGCAUCUGACCCAAGGCAAAAGGAGCAAUGGCUGGACUUGAAUAAAAAUGAGCUGAGCAAUAACACUCCCCAAAGAGGCAGCUUGCUGCAAAAUAUGUUGGAAGAACCUUCAAGCUGCAUGAGUAAAGCAGGAAAGAUUUUGGAUGGUAUCACAGCUAGUCAUUUGGAGAAAGAAAGCAGUGGCAAUCCUCUUAAAACGAUUUCUACCUCGGAACAAAAAAUGUCAUUCAAUGCAUCUUUCAAGCAUCCUGAAAAUGACUUGGAAAUUCUUGCUAGUAUAAACCAGGAGUUAGCUCAAAAUUCACUAGAUCUCCCAAUCAGUGUAACUCCUGAAAAAAAUGCAUUAGCUGUUCCAAGAGACAACAGUACAGAGAAUUGCAUGUCCAGUAAAAACAGUACAGAAAAAGAGAUUAACCUUUUUGGAGCAGAACCUAGUAAAUGUCUAAACAAUCAGCUGUCUGAACUAAUGAAAGAGUUUCCAUAUGGCAUUGAAGGUGCUGAUAUGUUAACAAAAGAACCAGUACAAAAUGAUUCGGUGGCUGAGCGGAUGGAGAAUCAACCUCAAAAAGAAACUCAAAUUUGUGAUAAGAAAUCGCAUUUGAAGGACCCAGUAGAUCAGAUGAAAAUUGAAGUGUUAAGCUCUGAUCAGCUGCAAGAACUGUUGCCCGAACACAACUGGUGUUCCUCUGGUGACAGCAAGACAAUAGUGAGUCAACAGUCAGAAAAGGCUUCAGCUGAGAAGGAGAACCUUGAAGGCAGUGCUCAGCCUAGUCAGAGUCAAUGUGAGGAAAAAAAAACAACACAAAAUGCCUCCAACUCUGGAAACCAAAUAAAUAACCAACUCAUUAAAGAACAAUCUUUAUCUGGAGCUUGUGUAAUGCCACACUACCCCAGUAAAAUUGAAACGUCUGGUUCAGAGAAAAAUGAUGCUCAACUUUCAAAAGCUGAAAAUACUAACACUGCAGAAAUACAGGAAAACAACAGUGAAUCUGAUGCUGUAAUGAAGAACUGCACAAUGGAAAACCUGCCAAUUUCUGAAAAAAUCUUGAACAGUGUUAGCAAAAAUCAAAAAGAUAGUUGCAAAUACACUUCUGUAAUGAACAAAGAUGCUAGACUAAAGGUGAAUAAUGAGUACAAACCACUAACAACACAACAGGAAAAAAGUGGACUACUUAAUUCCUCUGAAAGACAGGAUGUUGAUAAAUCUAAAAGGAGCAGCUGGAAGGAAGAGGUGCAAGUCGACAGAGGAACCCCAUUGUUUGGGAAAGACUUUCAUUCUGACAAAAAAGAAUAUCAGACAGUCUCAGAGGAGUUGUCAGAGAAAGCAGGUCAUACAGAUGCAGACAACGUGACAAUGUUAUCAAAAAAGAAAGAGAGAGUUUUCAAAAUGGAGUCCUGUUCUAAAGAUAAAACCAAACCAGGUUUGGCCAUGAAAUCCAAAACGGAUGUUCACAAAUUUACCAAGUCAGGAACUGUUGAAAUUAAGCAUGCUAAAGUUAAUCAAGGACAAAAAAAUAAAACCUGUGAAGAGAACUCAGCUGAAGAACAGAACUGUAGGAAACAAAAGGAGAUACUUGGGCAAGAUGUAGGAAUUAACAUCAAAGAGAAAGCCAAAUUAUCAGCAGAAGUAGAACAUAAAAGGCUGAAUAAUUAUUGUGCUGACGCUAUAAAGUUCCCAAAUUUGGGCACUGUAGACUUAAAGUCAAGAAACCAGAAAUACUGUCAGCAUAAAUCUAUGAAAGUUCAUUCUUCACAGGACCAGUUGUACAAACGGAAGAGGAAGGAAAAUAUUAUUGGGAAGAGAGACUCUAAGAGAACAAAGGUGGAAGAGGAAAAACUGAAACAAUCUGAAGCAAAGAAUUCCAAGCAGCUUUCACAUAAUUGCAUGAUAAAUACUGAUAAAGCUAAAAAAUUAAAUGGAGAAAAUGGCUGGAAAUCAAGGAGUUCAUUAGCAGAUCACUCUGUGCUUAAACUACAGAGAAAAAGAGCUCAACCUUCUACCAUCUCUAAAAACUACUUUUCUAACAAAGAGAGGCGUCUUGACGGUCAAAACAAAGACAAGUGCUCUGAGAAAAUGUUUCCUGAUAAAAACCUGCUAUACUUAAAUAGAAGAAAUAACAGAUUAAAAUUGCAUCUUCAAAAGGAACCGAAAAAACACUACCUGAACAGAGUUGCAUUUAAACGUACGGCACAGGAACGCAUAUAUCUGACAAAAUUGGAGACAUCACCUGUCAGACCUGCCUGGCAUCUAAAGGCUAAAAUGUCACAGAACAGCCCAGAUGUGAAAAGAGAUGAUUCUGUCUUAGAAGCUGAAAAAUCAUGCAAACGGGAACAACUUGAAUUUAAGCUGUGUCCAGAGAUACUGUUCAGAAACCCAACCACUGAUGAAGAAAGCUUGGCUGUAAAGAAUUCCCCAGAGAGAGAGAAAGCCAUUGUGGCAGUUUUCUCUUUAGGUGUCAAGAGCAAAAAAGAAGAUUGGCUAAAAUCUGAUCCAGUGAAGCAAAAAAAGCUGGAAGAGAUCUCUGCAGCUGAGGACUGUAUUCCACUUGAUACAGCUAUACAGAUCCUGGAUGGAGAUGGUGAGGCUCUUCACAUUCCAAUCAAAGACUCAAAAGAGAUGUUUCGGACCUACAGGAAAAUGUAUCUGGAAAAAAAGAUGCAAAAGUCUUGAUAGCACUCCUGUAUCACAGGUCUUACUCAGUAUCAUUGGGGAAAAAACCGCCAACACUAAAAUACUUUUUUCUGUUUACUUUGUAUUUCUGGAUAAUUGAAAAAAAAAAUUUUUUCUGGGGGGGUGUUGGCAGUUUCCCCCCACUUGCCUCAUUUGUGAAUGGUUGAGAUCUUAUUCUGUAUUUAUUGCACAGAUCACAAAUACGCUUUGGUGCUGAAAAUGCCAUUGUACUGGUUCUUUGGGCGUAUUUGAAUUAUUAUUUUUUUUUUCAAAGAUAGUUGAAUCCUGACCAAAAAAACCUCAAGCUCAUUUAAACUGUCGUAGUCUGUUUUCUUUAUUCAUUCAGAAAAACUUUUACAUACUGAUCAGGCGAUACUGUGAAGUAUUUAUGCUGCUACCCAGUUUUUUUUCAUUUCUUUUUGUGGAACUUUGUACAAAUUGAACUCUCAAGUUCUUCAUCUGAGCACAAUGCUGUAAACUGAUAGUUGACUGAAGACUUCUCUCUGCUUUCUUUACACUUGAAAGAAAAGUGUGAUUGUUGAAGUGCAGGGAGUUUGAAUUCACUCUUGUCUGGACUAUGUUGCUCAUUUUAACCAGACUGUAAUUAAGUUCUUUGUAAAGUGUUAGAUAAUGUUUGACUACACAUUCACUGUGACAUAAGAGUUAUAUUUGUUGCUGGAUAUCUUUUGUUUAAGUGCCUUUUCAUUGUUCAGAAUUUUGAAUUGAAUCCUAUUUUUCCCAGGAAUUUGGGGCUUGAUGCUUUCUAUCUGUUUAAACCUUUAUACUGAAAGUAAAGACUAUGUAGAUAUUUCAUUGAACGGUUUUUGUACUUGGAAAUAAACUUUUGAAGGCUUUGCCUUGUCUUCUUUUGGUUUAAAA